AUAACCCAGACUCUCUCUCUCUCUCUCUCUCUCUCUCUCUCCGGAGAAAGAAAAGAAAAAGUAAAAGAAGGCUCUUUCUGAUCUCUCUCUCUUUUACUUGGAUCAUUCGUGAAUCUGUUUCUCCUUAGAUCCAAACCAUUUCAAUUUCAUAAAUUUUCGAUUUUCGCGUUCCUGGUCUGUCAAGCCAGAAAAAAGGGGAUGGCGGCGGUGAAUGGGUACCAAGGAAAUACUCCGGCGGAGACAACGCCGGCAGCCACCGGAUCGAAGCAUCCUGCUCCUCCGACUAAGACCGUCGAUAGCCAAUCCGUUCUCAAAAGGUUGCAAUCUGAACUAAUGGGUUUAAUGAUGGGAGGUGAUCCGGGGAUAUCGGCUUUCCCAGAGGAAGACAACAUAUUCUGCUGGAAAGGAACUAUCACAGGAAGCAAAGAUACUGUGUUUGAAGGAACUGAGUACAGACUCUCACUCGCUUUCUCCAACGAUUAUCCUUUCAAACCUCCCAAGAUCAAGUUUGAGACUUGCUGCUUCCAUCCUAAUGUCGAUCUCUAUGGCAAUAUUUGCUUGGACAUUCUUCAGGAUAAAUGGUCAUCCGCCUAUGAUGUGAGGACGAUAUUACUCUCGAUUCAAAGCCUUCUUGGAGAACCGAACAUCAGCUCACCAUUGAACAACCAAGCAGCUCAGCUUUGGAGCAACCAAGAAGAGUAUAGGAAGAUGGUGGAGAAGCUCUACAAACCUCUAAACGCAUGAUUCUGAAAAGCCUCUUGUAACUUGGAUGCAAGAGUGUCACUGCAUUCAAAAGAUCAUGCUACUUUUUUUUAUUAAACUUUGUAAUCUCAAUUACAAACCUCUAAACGCAUGAUUCUGAAAAGCCUCUUGUAACUUGGAUGCAAGAGUGUCACUGCAUUCAAAAGAUCAUGCUACUUUUUUUUAUUAAACUUUGUAAUCUCAA